GGGGCCGCAGGCGCCCUCCGGAGUCCAUGGCCGCAGCGCCGCAGCCCGGCGAGCCCGCCAAGGGGAAGACCUUUAAGCUCCUAGGAAUUUUAGACGUCGAGAACAUCCCCUGUGCACGAGACUCAGUGUUAUACGGCUCACUAGGCUCUGUGGUGGUGGGCCUCGGACAUUUUUUGUUCACUAGCCGGAUUAGAAGAUCAUGUGAUGUUGGAGUAGGAGGAUUUAUCUUGGUGACCUUAGGAUGCUGGUUCCAUUGUAGGUAUAAUUACGCAAAGCUAAGAAUCCAGGAAAGAAUGGCCAGAGAAGGAAUUAAAAAUAAGAUUCUGUAUGAAAGUACCCACCUUGAUCCUCAAAGAAAACCAGCCAAUGGCAGUGGCAGCAGUGGGGUGACCUCGGGCACAGAAAACCCAGCUACAAGUCCCUGGGGCCCACGCUAGUAAGCCCUGUACGUGCCGUGGCUUUCAAUCAAGUAAAUAAAAGUAUGUGUCCAUCGUA